ACUAACGUCACUUGUGCAUAAUCGGCAAUGUAGCGGUUCCGGUUCACGCGAUGAUCAAGGACAUAUUAUGAUGUAUUUGUGUGUGUCUCGACGUCCUACGAGCUGAGACAGUGGUAGGGAUCCACGUUACGAAUACCCAAUGUUGAAAUGAAGUUGUCGAGCACCAGUUGCGGAUUUCUUGUGCUUCUCUUGAGUAUUCAGCUGGCCGAUUCAUGCGUUGAUCCUACUGGUGUCAGCUGUCUGUGGUACUUUUGGUUCAUUCUGUUCUGGAUAGGGAUAGGAAUUUUCGUCCUUGUUGUGAUUGUAGUCAACAAAAUACAGCAGAAAUUCAACAAAGUGAAUGAUAUUUUCCUUACAGGUUACAAAUCAAAUGCUCCAACCAAUGGUAUUCAACACACUAUUGGUGAAGGUUCGUUAUUACAAACUGGAGAGACCAAUAAUGUCAAACUUAAUGACGAACCCACGUAUCCACCUCAUCCAGUGCCAGAUCAACAUUUAUACCACAAAUCCGACCAGGGAGAUGUUGACAGAGUACCGUCUGUCCUGCCACAAGAACAGUAUAGCAGAACGCCUUCUGUUCUGACUCAAGAACAAGAACACAUAUCACCUUUUAUUCUGGUACAAGAACAAGAACAGAAUAACAGAACACUUGAUCUGGUAAAAGAACAAGAACACAACAACAGAACACUUGUUCUGGUACAAGAACAAGAAGACAAGAACAGACCACCGUCUGUCCUGACAGAGGACCGCCAUGAUAGAGAGUUUUCUAUUGUUUCUGGAUUGGAAAAUCAAGGACACACAAACAAUACCUCUGAUAUUACAAGUUACCAACCAGAGGAAACCAGAGAAUUCAUAUCUGAUGUUGGACCAACCCCAGUUUAUGUGCAACCACUUGUUAAAGAUACUGAUACCAGUUUGAACCACGAAUCGGAUUCAAGUCAUGGCGACAAGAAUGCUAAAUAUAGCAAUACUGAGUUAUCGUCUGCCAACAAAACUGUCAGCUUGGGUAGUCCAUCUUUGUGUUCACUGACGGAACCCGAAACUCCCGUACUCUGUCAGGUGGACAUCAUAAACGAACAGUCUCAUCCUGUAAGAUACCAGGAUAUAGACUCUGCUCAGCCAAAGCAUGAUGCUGAUGUCAAGCAGGGAACAGACACACACAUCUCAGACGCUGAUUCCUACACAGAUGUGCUAGAAUAUAGCAACGGAGAAGUCAUCAAGUCAAACCCUGACAGCACCACACCAGAAGAAACCACUGUUCACAAUGUGGACGAUGUUACUGUCCAAUCUUCACCGUCCCUGAUGACGACCAAUGCAAAUACACCACCUUCACCUCACCAUACUUCACAACUAUUAACUGAUCCUGCUGAAAGUAAAGAGCAAAUCACUGAGGUCGUGGAUUUAUAGCAGGGGAUUAACAGUAUGUGACAUGGACCAAAUCAGAGGCAGGGCAAGUUAGGAAUAUCGAAUGUAGUAGAAAGCGUAACAGUACAAAAAUGACAAACUAAUAAUGUGAACCACUGCCCCGCUCACCCAUUUUCCCAAAGGACAUGACACACUGUUGCAUCAUCCCUAUUUUAUCAAUGCAAGUUUGAACAACUAAAUACUGAGACAAUAACAACUAUGUUUCAUCUCAUAGGGAUACAUCAUACUAAAAAAUAAUGUUUCAGGGAAAAAAACACAGGGUCUUUUGUCAUCAUAGCCAAAAGGAAAAUCAUCUUAUCAUCCAUCUGGCAUUGAUCACUGGUAUACUCAAAUUCGCCAUAUUUACAUGUCGAUGCUACUUUUCCAGAUAUUUACAUGUCGAUGCUACUUUUCCAGAUAUUUACAUGUCGAUGCUACUUUUAUAUUGUUCUCAGUGCUAACUUAGAAUAUUUU